CCACAUACACACACACAUACACAUAGACGUCAAACUGUUCUGAGCAAAAUGAUAAGUUUUACCAUUUUUUUUUUUUGUAAUAUUAUCACUAAGGUCAUGCCAUAUCUCUCUCUCUCCACCCUGAUUUAAACUGAGAAAACAUGCUUUUACUAAGUUUGACGGGUGCUGUCUUCAUAUCAACGAGCUGUGUGUAUGUUUUGUCUAGUAAUAUUCUCGGUCUGGAAGUAUCUAGCUUCGUACGAUUUCAAGUUGGAAUAGACUGAUGUGAUAUGUUUCAAGAAGCCACCCAGAUUUGAAAGGUUGAUAUGAACUUUAGUCAGUCCUGCAGAAAAUACAAAAAAUAUAAAACAGGGAAGCACACCCCUUGGUAACACUUGCCCUGAUUGGCGAGUGUUGCAUGGCUCAAUUUUUUUUGCAAUGAACAUUUUUUUUUUUUAUGAAUUUACCAAAUAUUUUUUUUCUUAGUGAAUAUCUACAGUCCGCGUUGAUUCAAGUGCCGGAGUGAAGCUGAGUAGCUGCCAGAGAUAAUGGAUUAAUCAAUAGGGGCAUGAGAGUGCCAUGGGAGGAGCAGACCACCAGCAGUGAAUACCUCGGAGCACCAAUGACAUGAUUUACACAAGUGGCGGUCCGUUCCGAUUCCUGUGGCCGGUUGGGAGGCAGCAGAUGAGAGAGAAGGCCCGAAGAGCUGUGCUACUCCCUUCUGGGUCCAUGAAGGAAUGUCUGCGUGUGGCGGUGGCGGCAGUGGCAGCGCUGGGCAUUAUCUACCUGCUGUACCAGUACCUUGCCACACCACGAGCCUACACUGUGGUGCGUCCCCCUGUCCUGCACGUCCUGAGGGAGGAAUACAAUGUCUGGCCACCCUUCAUUGGCAGGCUGCCCCACACACAGGAGUGGUACACCAACGAAUGUUUUGAUGGCAGAACCUCAGAGGACCUGGUGGAAAUCUUUGGCAGCCUCAUUCCCACAUGGGCUGAGUCUCCCCACCCAGAGUGCCAAGAGGCAUACAGCAGGUUCCAGGAGCUGUAUGAGGUCCACCAGAGGGUAUCAGGGCCCCUGGAGAUGCCCAAUUCCUUCGCGGAGAAAGUGCAAGGCUGGCUGGGAGGAGACGAAAUGUUCCGGGAGAAGGUUGACAAACAGAUGAUCAUACACAUCUUCCACCCCCUCAUGUCGGAGCACACCGUCUACAACCCAGUAAGGGCGCAGCGUCCCAUGCCAGACACGGGCCAGAACAUCUUUGAGUGGGUGAGCGAGAGAGCAGCCAAGACGAAGGCAAGCUGUGACUUUUGCCGCUUCAACACACAGACAGCUGCUGAUAAGUUUGGCAGGCAUGAGACCAAAGAUACAGUGAGGAUCAGCAACACGUUCAAGAUGGAGGCUCAUCAUAGCAUGGUGGUGCCAAGCCACGUCCACCACCCCCUCCAUCUCCCCCGGGACCUGUUGGUGCAUCUGUUUGAGGAUGCAACACAGUGGUUCUUUGAUGUCGGCCAGCAGGAACCUCAUUUCAUCUACCCAAACCUUGCCUGGGACACACUCUUCCAUGCGGGUGCUUCCCAGAUCCACCCUCACAUCCACAUGAUGCUUGCCCCUGACCACUACUAUGGCAGCAUGGAGGGCCUCCGCACUGCCGCCCAGGUUUACUACCGCACCACAGGCAGGAACUACUUUUCCAGCCUCGUCACCAUACACGACACCCUGGGCCUGACAGUGGAGUACGGGGAUGCUGUAGCCUUGAGUAGCCUGGGUGGGAAGGGUGAUCUGGAGGUGGUGUUCCUGUGUGACUACCCAAGCAGAGACUUCUUCAGUCUGAUUUACUUCACUGUGCAGGCAUACCAUGACACCUUCAGUCAGCCAUGCAAAUCGCUGGCAGGGGCAUGGCCAGCACUGGGCACCAGCCGCAAUGCCUCAGUGGGCCGCCUUCCAGCCAUUGCCCGCAUGGUGUCCAGGGGUGACUGUGCUUCCCUCAGGGCAGACUUCAGUACUUUUGAGAUAUUCCAGGCUGUCUACAGGCCACACACGCCAUGGCAAGUUGCAGCAGCAAUAAGGAAAGCCAUAGAAAAGUAUGACAAAUAGCACAAAGGAAUGAGAGGAGGUAGCAGGAACAAAAGAGAGAAGAGGAGACAUGGCAUCCUUGUGCUCCUCUCUUCCAGCACUUUACUUGUACCAUACUUAAUGAGGUGGUGCUGGAGGUUGUAGGUAAGCCUGAAGGUAUUCUAAGUCCCUCCAUUGCCUUGCUGUGCCCUUUGUAUAAUUUUCUAUUAGCAUUGACACUCCUAAAAUUUUUGCAAGAUAAGACAUCCCUUUAUCUGUAUUUCUGGCAUCUUGGUCAGAUGAAAUAUGCAGACUUUCUUCAUGUUCAAGUGAAAAAAUACACACUACCUAACAUCAUUAUUUUCAUCUAUUAUUAUUUUUUAUUUAUUUUUUAUCAUUUGGCCAAAGCUUUAUCUAUUUAUUUUAUCAGUGGUAUUUAUCAUUGAAUUGACUGCAACUUUAAUUAUUGAAAUAAUUACUCUCAUGGUUUUUUGCAUUUGCAGUAUUUUAAGGACUGAAUGCCCUAUUUCCUGAAGGCUGUUGUUCUGGUUUCAGGGAUUUAAUGUUGAAAAUUUUUGAGAUUCAGUGAUCUGUAUUUAUGUCCAUGUAGGGCUUUCUUGAUUCCUCUCAUUCAUCUCCAUUUUCUACCCUGAAGUUGUUGGCCUGGCCACUGAUCUGCCUCCAUCUGUGUUGAGCCAAGGAAAUAUAUGCAUAGUUUGAAUAAGGUAGUGAUUAUGUAUGUAUAUAUUUGUCAGGUGUGUGUGUGUGUGUGUGUGCGUGUGCGUGUGCGUGUGCGUGUGUGUGUGUGCGUGUGCGUGGGUGCAUGCGUGCGUAUGUGCAUGCAUGCAUGCAUGCUUGCGUGUAUGAGAGAGAGUGAGAGAGAGAGAGAAUGGUUUAUUUCCAUAGCCCUCCCCUCCAACCACAACUUCGGUCCAGCCUGUAGAUGCAUUCAAGGCAUAAGCUGAUGUGGGAUUGAACUUGCAACAUUUAUGUUGCUGUCUGGUGCUACACUCAGCUUCAUUUACUUUACAACAAAGUUAAAGGGAGUAAGUAGCAUGUGAGUAAUGUGUAUAUGAUAUGGAAAGGGAAGGAGACAGGAGUAUUUGACAAACAGACUACUUAGUUUCAGUUAAACUUAUUUUUCUGUAAUUUCUGUAGGUUAGAGAAUUUACAGUUAAAUACUUUUAAGAUUCUUUGAUCCUGCCCCCACCCCCACCCCCCACCCCACACACACACACACACACACACACACACACACACACACACACACACACACACACACACACACACACACACACACACACACACACACACACACACACACACAUGAACAGACAUGCACAGCUAAGUAGAAAACAAAGCCAUCUUUCUUAGUCAUAUGAAUUGGGCUUUAAGGUUACUAAUAUAUUUUCAUCUUCAGUGUUAAUGUAUUAUUGCAUUUCAUGUAUACCAUGCCUUAUUUCCUCUUUAGGGUUUGGCAUAGACCAUUUCUGAUCUCUUGAAUUAAACACCCACAUGCACACUGGGACUGAGCCUUCUCCCCUGGUAGGUUACAAAGUUAUAACUAAGUCACAUACCACACCUGUUCAUUGGUGGGUGAUAAGGGACUGCAGCAUGAAAGGAGACAACAAACCUGACUUGUUUUUGUCCAACCUGGGAUUCAAACCUGGUACCUCAAUGGGCUGAGCAUACCAGGCCUCACACUAGGAAGGUGUUGAGAGAGAGAAAGAGACAGCCACUAAUCAUGUGGAGCAAUACACCAGACUUGUAGUGUUUAGGUCAAGAGAGGCUGUGCUAGGUUUAGAUGUGGUAGAGAAUAUAUACUUGAGAUAACAUACAUAAGUAUUCCAUUGUAAAUCAGUCCAACAAACUUCCUUGAGUUUGUUAAUGUCAUGUUUGGCUGUUGUUGGCUGCACAAAUCAUUAUUGUCCUUAUUUAUUUAUCUUUCUGAAAAUCAUGGUGGUUUAAUUUGUAUGUGGUUGUGAAGUGAAGCUUUAACAUGGAUUCAGGGACCGUACCUACAAAUAAUACUUAUCAGAAGAAAUUUUCAAAUCUUACACUUUAGUAUUGGUGGAAUGCUUAAGUCCUAUCUUCUUAAAUCCAAAACACUUACUCUACCUAAGUACACUUAGCGGACAACGAAGUUAGUGUUGUGGGUGUGGUGUCUCAGCUCGCUUUUCCAACAUCUAAAUAUUCACAAUCAAGAUGGAUGCACCACAACAAGGAGAGAGGAGAUGGAGGCCAAGGAUUUAUAGGCCUAGAAAAGACAUUUUAAAUGUGUAUGAAGACGUUGAACUUGUAAUAAGGUACAGUCAUGAGGGGAUGCCAUGAGGGGAUAUUGCUAGUGUGCAAUAUAGUGAGAGAUGCCAUUGCACCCAAGACCAACAGGAGCAAGGUAACAAGUGUGGAAAUGAAGGUGGCCACAACACUGCAGUAUUUGGCUGCCGGGAAAAUGCAACUCUGCAGAGGCGAUGACCUCGGCUUUUCCCAGUAAGCCGUUAGUCAAGUGAUAGGGCAGACUUUUGCUUUCUGCUUCUUUUCAUACCAGUAUCCAGCACUUAAGUUUUUCCAAGAGUACUUUGCUGAGCGAACAGCAUUUCUGAAAGUAGUACUUGAGUAUCCUGCUUAGCUAAUUGUUCCUGGGAUGAUAUUAAAGUGUAAGUGCAUCAAAAUACUAAGUAUUCUUUGUAGGUACAUCCCCAGAAUGUUAGGUUGUGAUUGACAACACUUGAUUUUUCAUUUGAACCAUUUUCCAGAAGAGUUUCACAAUUUCCUGUGGUUUGAAGUGAUCUCUGCUACAGAUCCUGAAUCUUUUGUGUGGCAGAACCUGUCUGGUUUUGUGACUGAAGCUGCACACAUUCAGAUUCCUUGCCUCAAAAGUGAUUAAAAGGAGUGAACAUGCUGGUGUUCAUUCCUGGCACUUAGAAGGCUGUGGCACAGUUAGCAGUGCCUGAUUCAUGGUGCCAUAUAGAUAUACAGCAGCUGACAUAUAGCACUGGCUUCACUCAGGUGUGUGUGGCAUGGGUGUGAGGCAUGAGUGGUUGUUGCUUCCUCCAUUACACCACUUGCAGUGUGCACCGGGGCUAAGUAGUAAUGUCUUCUUGAUAUGCUUCAUAAUAAGUAUGGAAUUAUUCAGUAAUGAACUGCAAUGAGUCAUUUAUUCUUAAUUAUGUGUUGUUAUUGUAAUAUAUUUUAUGAAUGCAUUGAAAUUAUUAUUAGAUAUUAUCUUGUAUUGAGUAUAUUGUUGGCUGUUGUUGAUUUUGUAGUUGCAUGAAAGAAUUUUGAUCAGAAGCAUCAGUAGUCUUCUGUAACUCCAUUAAAAUCAUGUAGUUGUAUUUUAUGUUCUUGAAAAUACACUCCAGCCUCUCAAUUUUUAGUUGCAGGGUGUGAACAUUUUCCCUUAUUUUGAGAAAAUGUUACUUACUUUCACUUACUGAAAUGUUCUUAUGUGCUGUGCAUUCUGAGAUUACAGUAAAGUUAUGUGUACACAGUCACAAUAGACAUUAUGAUUGGCAAAAUUUUUAGGUUUAAUGAUAAUCAUUUGGUCACUACAACAGCAUGAUGGUGUGACUCAUGUAUAGUACCCAUUAAAACUAAAAAUUCUGCCAAUUGUAACAGCCACCAUGGCAAUUAUUGUGAUUGUGUACAUGGCUUAAUGCACUGUUCCCUCCUGUCUACCUUUGGUAUUAGUUUAGCUUGAGUCCUGAUACUUGUCCUUCAUGUGUGUUUAUCAUUCCACAGACCAUCACACCCUCAGUCUUGUAUUUUGUUCACAAAUCAAGUACAGUAGUGUACACGACAAUGCAUGGUCAUUGUGACAUACAACUGCCAUAAAGCACUGAAAUUUUAAUGAAUAUUUAAUCAAUAACAAACCAAUACUGGCAUAACAAACUCACCACAUAAUGCUCAUGCAAGCAUUGCCAUUUUAAUAAAUAUUUAAUUGGAUUAAUGAACCAAAACUGGCAAGAUGAACUUGCCAUUCAUGCUGGCACUGAAAUUUUAAUAAAAAUUUAAUCAGAAUAACAAACUAAACUUGCAAGACAAACUCAGCAGCUGCGCAAGCUGCUGCUCACAUAUCCGCCACCUGUUCCUUCCUCCCUUUUUUUUCCUUCAUCUUGUCUUAAACCUCCCUUCCUGUCACCUCCCCUCCCUGUUACCUGUCAGAGAUAAGGGACUAGGGGGUGAUACCUCACCCCCUCUCACUCUCACUCUUGUAUGUGUAAUUCCAUUUUCAUUCUCAAUUAGUCUCAUUCUAUUUAGCAAACCUUAGGAUUGUUCUUACUUUCAGAGAGAGAGAGAGAGAGAGAGAGAGAGAGACCAAUGGAGGGAGGGAGGAUAGCAGAGAGAGGUGAAAUAGUUCUCCAGAAAAGGUCAAAAGGAGAAGGGAGAGAGAGAGAGAGAGAGAGAGAGAGAGGUGAAUUAGUUCUCCGGAAAAGGUCAAAAGGAGAAGGAAUAGAGAGAGAGAGAGAGAGAGAGAGAGAGAGAGAGAGAGAGAGAGAGAUGGCUCAGACUUAUGGGGGCUUACUGUAUGUCUAUACAUGACGCCGACGGUAGGUAAAUGUGACUGAUACUUGUCAAAGCAGCGCCAAACUCGGGGUGAUAAUGCAUGAAACUUGGGAUUGUAAGAAUUUAGGACUAGGUGUGAAACUUGGGAGGGUAUUGUAUAUAUUUGUUGUAUUAUCUCAAAUGCAGUAGUGCAAAUGUGCUUAUUUUAAGGUACUUUUUAAAAAAUUGUGGAAUUUUUUUAUAUUAUUUUCAGGUUCCCUGGAACCAAUGAAUUUAUUCACACAGAUUCUUCUGUUGCCACAACGUACAUUUGUCAUAACAAACGCUACAUUAGAACGAAUCAUGUUCAUUGUUGUGUACCUUACUGUAUUCUAUGAGAGGUUGUAGUGCAUGAGUUUCUUGUUGACCAUAUUUGUAUACAUAGUUUAACAAUAAGUAGUUCUGUUGUGACACAUUUGCCAGUGUGUGAUGUGCAAGCAUCCUAGCAAAAGGGGCAUCAGUAUGUUAUAAAACAGACCAAAGUUUUCACACCAGUUGCUUUAAUAAUGCUUACCUGUAGUGCACUGAUGAUCAUGUACAAACAGCAGCUCAUUAAAGCAGUUGUGCACACUAAAAGCCAUAGAUUUCCAUACCAUGAUUUAAUGAAACAUACACACACACACACACACACACACACACACUAAAAAUAUUGCUGGUGAACUAGAGCUAAGGAAGAUAGGAUGAACUCUUAAAUUAUUAAUAUUAGACAGCACUUUCAUGAUUGUCGUUUGAAAUUUGGCAAAUUAUGGAGAUGCAUGUCUAGAAAAUAAAUUGCCCAAAGACAGUUGUUGAAAUGAGGCUGUGUGAUCAUGUGUGAUCUCUUUGACAGUUUACCCGUGGAAAGAUCCCUUAAGAAUUUAAUUAAAGCAAAGUCAUUAUGCAAAAUAGCUUAAUAUUUCUAUUGUGUACUUUGAGCUUGAUGUUAUACGAUUUGUAUGCACAAAACUUAUGUAAUGAAACAUUUCUAUAGUACUUAUUAAAUGAUAUAUUUCUGAAUCAGUAUUGAAGUCAUUUCCAUUCUGAAUGAAUGGGUGUUGUUUUCCCUGAAGGAUGCAUGUAUAGUAUUGUAGUUCUGGGGGUGAACAAAUAUGUAGGGAAAUUUUUAUACAGCAUGUCCUGGGAGGAAAGGAUGUAAUGUUGGAAACUGAUUUUAUGUAAAAUUAAUUUGUAUGGAAAUUUUUUACCUUGUACUUUGUGAACACCUUGUGUGUGCCUGUACGUAUAUUUGAACAGACUACUGGGAGAGUGGUUAGUGUGCUCAUCUUACAACCGAGAGGACCAAACUUUGAACCCUGGCCUGGCAGAGAACAAUUUAGGCUGAAGUCCUUCACACUGUAGCGUCUGCUUAACUAGUACAGAAUAUAUAAUUUUGGAUAAUCCUUUUGACUGCACUCUUUGUAGACUGGCACCUUCAGUGUGAGUUGAGCUGCAACCUUGUUGUCUGGAAAGAGCAGGCAGCCAAUAAUCUGCCUUGUGUACAUGCAUUGGUCACGACUGGAUUUGCAUCCCAUAUCUCUCUUCUGUCAGAUGAACAGUGAUUAAAGAUGAAAGGAAGCCGUCCCAAAUUGUUUGCAACCCAGCCAUGGAGCUCUUGAAUGUGAGUGGAGCCCUUUAACCAUAACACCACCAGUCUGUUUAAUAUAUUCAUUUUAUUACACUUGGAAAUUGGAAUAAUUAUUUUUUGACAGCAUGAAGGUUUUGCUUGAGGGGUAACAAUAAUACCCAUGUGUGUACAUAGAGAUCAGGCCAGUGGUGCAGGUGACUUCAUAGGUGCUCCAGAUAAGGCCACAUUAUACAUGGCUGGCUCAGAUUUACUAUCUCUGUGAGCUGUAUUUACUUGUAUGUCAAGGCAAUUGAUGUUUUGUUAAGGCUACCAACUCUUGAAGACAGCUCUCAGCUUGGGAUAUAACUAGACAGCCAUGUGCAGCAGUGCCAUAUUAAAAGUGUUGAUUGUAUCUUGCAUCUUGCUCAGAUGGUGGUAGCUGUUGCAGGGUUGGUAACAAUAGUAGUAGUAGUAGAGGUGGUGGUGGUGACAGUGACGGGUAACAGAAGUAACUGCCUUUGAGGAUGAAAUAAUGCCAUUUCUCUAGAUUCAUUUAUGCUUCCUCAGUGAUCUUGCCUAGCCAGCUGGAAAAUAGACACUUGGACUGGUGUGUCCCAGGAAGCCUCCACUCCUGAAUGGCUACUCCCAUAAAUUUGUCUGCAAC